ACACUCCCUCUCUCCCUCACUUCACUCUCAACGGAAUAAGAAAAAGAAAAGUCGCAGAAAUGGUGAUGGACGAAUCCCAACAAGCUGAAGCCGAUAUCUGGAAGUUCGCCUUCGGUUUCAUCACCGGCACGGUCGUGAAGACCUCCGUCGAGCUCCACAUUCAAGACUUGGUCGCCAAACACGGCGGCUCCAUCUCCCUCUCCGCCCUCUCCGCCGCCCUGGCCAUCCCCGCCGACCACCUCCGCCGCAUCAUGCGCUUCCUCAUCCACCACGGCAUCUUCCACAAGACCUCCGACGACCACUACACCGAGAACGCCCUCUCCCGUCUCUUCGCCACGGGCAACAUGUCGGCAUUCAUGAUGCUGCACGGCCCCCCGCCGCCCACGCUCUCCGGUGUCACCCCGCAGGUCCUGCGCACGGGCAAGCGCCCCGACGUCAAGCCCGCCGACGGCGAGGACACGUGGACGGACCCGGCCUACGGGAACCACGAAAAGGUGUUCACCGAUGCCAUGGAGGCCCACUCCAGGGUCACGACCUCGAAGAUCGUGGCCCACCACCCGGAUCUCUUCAGAGGGAUCCGCUCUGUGGUGGACGUUGGAGGCCGCCAUGGCAUGGCCCUCUCUUGCCUUAUCAAGGCCUUCCCCACCGUGCGGGGACUAUGCUUCGACCUACCUGAGGUCGUCGCUAAAGCGCCCCCGCUCGAUGGGGUUGAGUUUGUUGGUGGGAGCAUGUUCGAGAGCAUCCCAAAAGCUGACGCAGUCAUGCUCAUGUGGGUGCUACACGACUGGAGCGACAACGCGUGCGUGGAGAUAUUGAAGAAAUGCAAGGAGGCGAUUCCGGCCCACGGGAAGGUGAUCAUGAUCGACGCGGUAGUUGAGGAAGACGGUGGCGAAGACGAGUACUACGGCGCGCGGGUGUCGCUGGACAUGAUUAUGAUGGCGUCGACGGUGCAGGGGAAGGAGAGAACUCACAAGGAAUUCGUUCGUCUUCUUGACGAGGCUGGAUUCAGCAGCCAUACUGUCAAAAAUAUCAACACUAUUGAAUCUGUCAUUGAGGCAUAUCCCUAAUUUAUGUGUCCAAUUUCUCAUUUGGUGUGUGUUUGAGGCGGCUGAUCAUUUGUUUACAGCCAUAAAUAAAAGCUCAUGUAUGAUUUGAACUAGAUUGCUAUAUUUCUCUGAAUAAUAUGAUGUGAGUUAGUCAGAAACUAUGAACUUAUUUAUA